GCCCCUUCUGAUUACAAAGAUAAAAAAGGCUUUGAUCCUGUUCAUUAGAACUGUUUGUGUGCUCAUUGCUCUCAGAUUGACUAAUGCUUAGAGUAAAAAGUGGAAGGCUUUAAUUUUUUUUGUGGCAACUGAAAAAUUUGGAAAAAAACAUUUUUCUUUACUGGAUUUCUUUUCUUCAUCUGGUAUCCAAAAUGAGUAUCAAUCUGACAACAAACCUGAGCUUCGGGACUCUGCUGACUGACUCUGAGGAAAAACAAAGAAAUGGACUUUCUAGAACAGGCCACACCAUCACGGCAGUAUUCCUGGGUUUGAUACUUAUCUUGGGUUUCGUCAAUAACUUCAUUGUGCUCGUCCUCUUCUGCAAGUUUAAAGUCCUUCGAAAUCCUGUGAACAUGCUUCUGCUGAACAUCAGCAUCAGCGACAUGCUGGUUUGUCUUUCAGGUACCACACUGAGUUUUGCAUCCAGCAUCCGAGGCAGGUGGAUCGGAGGAUACCACGGAUGCAGGUGGUAUGGUUUUGCCAACUCUUGUUUUGGUAUUGUGUCUCUGAUUUCCCUGGCCAUCCUAUCUUACGAGCGUUAUAGAACCCUCACCCUAUGCCCCAGACAAGGGGCAGACUAUCAGAAGGCACUACUGGCUGUUGCUGGCUCAUGGAUGUAUUCUUUGGUCUGGACUGUACCACCUCUGAUUGGCUGGAGCAGUUAUGGAACUGAAGGAGCGGGGACAAGCUGUUCAGUGCACUGGACCUCGAAGUCAGUCGAAUCUGUGUCCUAUAUCAUGUGUCUCUUCAUCUUCUGCCUGGUCAUCCCCAUCCUGAUUAUGGUCUACUUCUAUGGACGACUUCUGUAUACAGUCAAGCAGGUUGGGAAAAUCAGGAAGACUGCUGCUCGGAAAAGAGAAUAUCAUGUCCUCUUCAUGGUUGUCACGGCUGUCAUCUGCUACCUAAUUUGCUGGGUACCAUAUGGGAUGAUUGCAUUACUUGCUACAUUUGGCCCCCCAGGAGUGGUGUCACCAGUGGCCAAUAUUGUACCAUCAAUUUUGGCAAAGAGCAGCACUGUAUGCAACCCAAUCAUCUAUAUACUUAUGAACAAACAGUUCUACAAGUGUUUCCUCAUCCUCUUCCACUGCCAACCUGCUUCAUCUGCCCCUGAUGCUUCAUUGUGCCCUUCCAAGGUGACAAUGAUUCAGCUGAGCCAAAGGAAGAACAAGGAAGCAUCAUGUACUGUUCAAGACCUUCCCGAAGUCAGCAAAAACCAGCUGUGCCUCCUGAGCCCAGAGUCCAGUGUGGCUCCAGCCCCAGAACACCCACCAGAGAAGAUGGAGGAGACUCCUUUGUCUGAAUAACUUAUUUCUCACCUUCAUCCCGUCUUGUUCAAAUAACCUCAACUAAUCUCAACAGUAUUGAUAACCUGCGUGCUGUUCCCUCAGCAUGAACAGUGUGCUUUUCUUGUAUGGGUUUUUUUUUGUUGUUAUUUUGGUUAAAAUAUCACCGAAAAAUAUAGGCAUUUUUGUUCAUUGGUGAUGAUGAGUUUACCCCUGUGGAGAACAGGUGAAGCCUUGUCUCUAAAAACAAAGUUGCUCUUUGUCCUUCAUUCUGGAAGGGGACAAAUGACAUCAUGAAGGUGAUGUCUUGAUUUAG